AUGACAGACCAAUCUGUGCCUAAUACCACCCAGUACUCCCCGGUUCUUGAGACAAGUCGUAUUUUCUCUUACCUCUGUGACCAGGCGGAAAGACUCAGUCUACCCACAGAGGUUUUGGAAAAUAAAGACAAGGUCUCCUUUUCUUCCACCCAUAAUGUAAUCUAUUUUCCGAUCCCCUUCAAAGAAACCGAGACGCUCGCGGCAUUGAAAGGUAUUGAAGGAUCCGUGGCCUCGGCACUUGCUGAUCUUCGAUUUGGACGAGGUACGCAACCGCGCAGUGUACGAGUUAGCUUGGAGGGAGCAACGGCAUUUGGAUGUCAAGCUUAUAUGGCUAAGAUCGAUGGGCUGUCGAAGUUGGAUCCAAAUGUGAAGGCUAGAUUGAAAGACACGGAUCUAUUGGCUGCUCAGUCAAACGGUUACCGUCGUAUGUCGGCCAACUUGUAUAAGACAAAGGUGCCAGACGAGUUUUAUCAUAUUCAUGGCUCUCUUGAAGCUACCCAGACGUUGAAUAUGAUUGGCCUUGAAGGUCACCGGCCUGACCUGACGGACUACGAGGAAAUAAUCAAGGUCAUUGAAGCUCAGGUACAGCAAUAUUCCGUACGUGAGCUGGAGGCGAUGAAUAAAGAGCGCAAACAGGCGGGUGUUCCAGCACUGAAACAUGCUGAUUUCAUUGAAACGCCUCAUGGAAAGCUAAAUGUCGAAGAGCCACCAUGGAAGGUGACAAGACUAGAAGGGGAUGUUCCACCUACACCUUUCCCGGCCAAUAACACUGGUAGCAAGAAGAUUCUCGGAGGGCUCAAAGUGCUUGAGUUGUGCCGCAUCAUUGCAGGCCCGACUGUUACGCGAAUCCUAGCCGAAUAUGGCGCCGACGUGCUCAAAAUCACGAGCCCCAACCUAUCGGAUGUACCAUUUUUCCAAGUUGAUGGAAACAUGGGAAAGCAUGCUGCGGAUCUUGAUUUGAAGACAGAGUCGGGCCGUGAGGAGUUUGAGAAAUUACUAGCAGACGUGGACGUGGUAGUUGAUGGAUAUCGCCCCGGGGCGUUAGAGAAACUUGGAUACGGCCCGAAUGACCUGGCAUCUUUGGCGGAAAAGCGAGGAAAAGGCAUUGUAUACGUAAAUGAGAACUGCUUUGGAUAUGAAGGCGAAUGGGCUGGACGAGCCGGGUGGCAGCAGAUUGCCGAUUGCGUUACUGGUAUCGCUUGGGCGCAAGGUCAAUUCAUGGGUCUUUCUACACCCGUUGUUCCACCGUUCCCGAUCUCGGAUUAUGGAACAGGAUGUAUGGGUGCCAUUGCUGCGCUGACGGGACUUUAUCAUCGCGCUACCGUUGGCGGAUCAUACCAUGGCAAGGCAUCUCUUAUGCAUUAUGAUCUUCUCCUUUUCGCCGUUGGUCAGUACUCCGAGGAUGUACAAGCGAAACUGCGUUCGGUUCAGCCAGCGGAAUUUUUCAAGCUUCGACAUUGUGAUAGCGUGGAUCGAAUCUCAUCAACGGUACUCAAAGGUAUGCAUGAGCGUUUCCCUCACUUAUACGUCGGUGCUGGGCUCCAGUCAGAGGAACGCCAACCUUUGACCGAAAAGUGGUUCUCGAAUGCGUAUGAUGCUGAAAUAGAGGUUGUGAAACCUGUUGCUAUCGUGGAAGGGGUGGACAAUCAGUUUGUGAGAGCAAGCCGACCAAAUGGCAGCGAUCGAGCGAAUUGGGAGGAUUUUCGAAGCCAGGGAGAUGGAAAAGGGGAUGAUAGAAAGUGUUGA